GCGGAGAAAAAGCGGCUGCUUUCGGUCGCGCCAGUUAGAGCGCUGGUUUCAAGUCGAGUAAACGCGCAUGAAAACGACAAAAUUUCUCUCCAUUGCCGUAACUUUUCUGAAAUUUACCGUGUGGUGAUUGUUAAUUAAUGAAAGCCGUGAUUUGACUGUGAUUUCUAUUGUUUGUAAUUUUAUCAGUGAGUUUGAAACGUGAAUUUGUGCCAUAUUUCGGAUUAUUUUGAGCAAGAUGAGGUUCUUGAUACUUGCCUGCAUUGUGUUGGCUUGUUCUGGACUGCUAACAGCAGGAGUUGUGAAGAAAGAUGUUAAAACGAAAGAUGAGGAAGACAUUUAUGGUGAUUUGGAUGAAAACGACGACAUUCAAAAGGACCAAGUGGUUUAUUACGACGACGACAAUGAAGAAGACCCCGAUAACAGCCUUGCUGAUAUUACGGAAAAUAACGGAGCUAACGUUAAAAUUAUAUCAGCACCGAAUACUUUCGAUGCUAAUAUAGGCGAGGUGGUUCGUUUGCCUUGCCUUACAACUUCAACAGAUGACCUAGUAAGGGUUUGGUCUAAGGACUCAGGCCUGAUCUAUCAGGGCAAUAUUAACACUCGCGAUGACGACAACUAUAAAUUGAUCGAAAAUGGGACAUUGGAAGUAACUAUUAAAAGCCAGGACGAUACCGGAAAUUAUGCUUGCAAAGUAGCUUUAACUGAAACCAACCAACCAGAAGUAGUUCAUCAUGUUCUAGUCAGAUACAGUCCUAACAUAACAGCCUUAUUUGUCAAAGACGGCAAAAAAGUGGUGAAUAGUGGAGAUACUGUAACGUUGACCUGCCAAGCCAAUGGCUACCCGCAACCGAAAAUUUCUUGGUACAAAGGCAACGAAAAAUUGGUGACAGAAGGAGAAAGCUUAACUGUUGAAAAUAUUAAGCCGAAAAACGCCGGCAGCUACCGUUGUUUGGCGGAUAACAACAUUGGCAGACCCGCUCACAAUUAUCUGGAAAUUUUCGUUAACCAUGGACCGAUAGUUUCAGUGGAAAAGUACUUGGUACAGUCGGACCAUGAAGAAGAUGCGGAAUUGGUAUGCGAUGUGAAAGCCUAUCCAAAUGCCAACGUGGUCUGGCAACGAAACGAUGAAAACAUCAUUUCAGAUGAACCGAAAAUCACUUUCAAACGAGAGAGGAAUAACGAGAGGAACAUCCUAAUCAUUAAAAAUCUCACCGACAGUGACUUUGGCCAGUACAGUUGCAUGGCGAGUAACACAUACGGCAAGCAAACUCGCAACAUCAAGUUGGUAAAAUUGCCUCUGGUUGGAAAAUUCGUCAAGGAGCAAUCGACUGAAAGUUCGAAAGACGUACAUCUGCAAUGGAAAGUCGAGUCGAGAAAUCCCAUAACCAAGCACGAGAUUCAGUAUAGAAGAAAAGGGGAGACCAAAUGGGAAUCACAACCUGUGAAUGUAACGGGGGGCGAAAAAGACAGCUAUUUAAUUAAGAGCACGUUAGAAGAUCUCAAGCUCGGUUCAGGCAUUUGGGAGACCAGAGCUAGAUCACUAAAUUCGCAUGGUUGGUCCGAUUUCUCGGACAUCGCAGUAUUCCAAGGAGCGAAACAUGGUUCGCAUCAUGCAAAAUCCAAGCAUAGCAAAAAAGAACCGAAAGAAGAAAGAACCACAGAUUCUUCAACGCCGGCACAGCAUACAAGCGAAAAAGAGGCACCACUAGGAGAGUCGACUUCAAGUAGUAUAUCGCUGACUUCUUCGUUAGCGCUGAUUGUUUUUACCAUAUUGGCAAACCAAGCUGGACAGUGAAGUGGCAGCUUAAAUCAGCUAAUUAACAUAAAGCUCGCACAUAAAUAAAUAUAUUUCCCGACAUUCUAUAUCGUGGGCAGCUUUACCAACGCGACAAGAAAGGAAACUGAGAACCAAAGUAUUUUCUUAUUAAGUAAUAGUAAGCUACUUUUCCGGACAUUCUGUUACAGUAAGUUAUUUAUGUACAUAUCGGUAAGACUUCCCCAAAUUACCAGGCAAAAAUCGAUCAGUGCUGUGAAAGCAAAACGGCAGAUUUUUGUUUGAGAUCAAAUCUUUAAUUUGUACCUAGCAAAUAAGCCUACUUUAAGCUUAUUAAAGAAUCUAUGUGCAAGGAAAACUGACGUUUUACAAGACUAUUAUUAGAUCACACAUUUAGUUGUCUCAGUCAAGUCUCUUUACUGAAAUAUAUAGAAUACAUAUUUAUUUUCUUCAAUCUGUUUUCAUCAGCACUGUGUGCGCUCUAUAAUAUAAAAUAGUGGCCAUAUUAAGCAUUUUCAAGUUAACAUGACUUUUGAAUCAAGUGAUACUAUAAAAAUGUUUCUUCCAAGAAAUUGGGCGGUCGCCAAAUCGAUUUUUAACGUUUAAUUCGCGUUUAGAGGAUUUGAAGAAUUCUGGCUAUUAUACUUUUAGUUACCUGUAUAAUUUUAAAAUGUAGGCUAUUUUUAUUUUUUUACAUUAUUAGAUUUGGUCAGUAUUUUGUUGACUUUCACCUUUUCGAUCGAUUUGAUAGUGGCUUCUCUAGUCUAGAUUAGAAUUAGAUUAUUUUUAGUUCUACCCCAAAAUGAUCCAACUGAAUUCACGACAUAAAUGAUUAUCUUAAGGACGUUGAUUUGUUUUCGAACAAAAUAAAUUAAAACUGUUCAACUGAUCAAAUAUCACAUUUUGCGAGCUGUAGGAAACCUUCCCCUUUUGUACAGUUAGUUGUUUUAUUUUUAAUUAGUCUUGUUCGUCUUAGUUAUUUAGUGUUGAAAUGAAAACCAUAAAGCAGAGUAUUGUUGCGAAAACACCCACCUUGUCCAUUUACAAUUUUAUUUAUUUAGGCUUAGUUUUGAGAAAAAAAAUGUCACAAAUUUAUAAAACAGCCUCUGCAUUAAGGUGCCUUCCAUCUAUUUUUAUGUACAUAGACCAGUGUUUUUCAGAUUGCGCGUGAUUGUGUAAUUUAUAAUAAUUUUAGGCAUUUAGUUAAGUUUUCUUAGUAGGUAGUUUCGCCUUAAAUGCGGGACGAUUCAUUAAUAUUACCACCACUAUUUAAGUGCAAACAAUAUUAAUGAAUCAUGGCGUAAAUAUAUGGAAAAUUGUAUAAUAAAAGACAGGGUAGACUUCAGAGAUAGGCGCACCCUUUGAAAAUUCUAUCAAGGAAACUAACAUUGCAUAUAGUCGUAGACCAUUAGACUGCAAAGGAAAAUAAAUAUCCGUCAAAGACUGCAUGCAUUUACUUACUAAAAAGGCUUCCACUGUUUUUAGAGCUGCCCUGUAUAUUUACCCCCACUUUGAAGUGAUCGAAACGAAAUAUAAUGCCUUCCUUCGUACCUACCUAAAUAUAUUAUUAUAGUUAUAUUUUAUUACUGAAAGUAGGUACUUAACAAAAUGUUGCUUCAGUUGUAGUUAAAAAGCAAGUCAUAUAUUUUAUGAAAGAAUAUUUUUAAUAUCCUGUAUCUGUUUUUGUAUGGUUAGUCAAUGGAACAAAAAUCUCAUCUCUGUUCAACGUUUUAAUCUCGUUAAGAACCAGUUUAUAUUAGCCAAAACAAACACAUUAAAACUGCAAAAUUUACACUUGUUCUUAUCCUUUAUGUAUAUUGAUGGAAUAAAAAUAAUCCUUCAUAAAAUGUUGAAUCUUACACACUGUAUAUGAAUGUAUAAAAGAAGAAAUAAAAAUGAUUGGAAAUGAA